AUGCCGCAUGACCGCUCCGACAUCGGCACUCGGGGCGGCCAUUGGGCGAUAUUCGCCAUCCUUAGGAUCACAUAUCACCCACACCAUGGCAUCCACGCAGCCCAAAGACCAUUGGUCUGCCGAGGCCUACUCAACAUCCGCCUCCUUCGUCCCCAAACUCACCCAAACCCUCCUGCGCUACCUCGCCCCCAACCGACCGACCGCAUCCUCGACAUCGGCUGCGGCGACGGCAAAUUCACCGCGCUGUUCGUCCCCGCCAUCGCGCACGUCCUGGGCGUCGACUCCUCGCCCGCCAUGAUCGCCGCCGCCAACGCCGACCACGGGAGCCCCAAGGCCGAGUUCCGCGUGCUGGAUUGCUGUUUUCUGGACCGUGACGGGAAUGUCACCCGCGGUGGGUGGGAUAAAGUGAUCUCCAACGCCGCACUCCACUGGAUCUUGCGGAACGAGGAGACGAGAAUCUCCACGCUUCGGGGCAUACACGCGAGUCUGAAGCCGGACGGUGUAUUCGUGUUCGAGAUGGGCGGGCACGGCAACGUGGCGGAGGUGCAGUCCGCACUGAUUUAUGCGCUGGUGCAGCGGGGGGUCCCCCUCGAGGAAGCCCGGGCGAUCAACCCGUGGUUCUUCCCGUCGGUGAACUGGAUGACGGCUGCGCUGGAGGGGAUUGGGUUCCAGGUCGAGAAGAUGGAGAUGGAGGAUCGGCCGACCAGGUUGACGGAGGAGGCGAAUGGCGGGUUGGCGGGGUGGGUGCGGUUGAUGGGGGCGCCGUUUCUCGAGGUUUUGCCCGAGGGGGAGAGGGAGGGGGUCGUGCGGCAGGUCUGCGAGGUGCUGCAUACGGCGGUGACCAGGGUGGAGGAUGGGAGUCAGUGGUUGGGGUAUAAGCGGUUAAGGGGCAUUGCGAGACGGGUUUAG